CCUCCCUUCCCCCUCCCCUAGCCUCUCAGGGUGUGGGGCAGGCGGGCGGGCGCUGCGGCGGCCGCGGCUGCUGCUUCCUCGGGCCAUUUUGCUGAGGAGCGACGGGGAAGAGAAGCAGCCGAAGAGCAUCAAGGAGAGGCGCGGCGAGUCGUAGGAGGCACGGCCCGCGGGCACCAGGCUUCCCUCGGCCGCGAGGAUCUCGGGAGGCGAAGGGAUCGCCGGGGAGGGGGACUGGAGGAGCCGCGCCCGCCGCGCGGAGCGCCCCUUCCCGCCCCCUGCACCAUGAGCUGGGGCACCGAGCUCUGGGAUCAGUUUGACAAUCUAGAAAAACACACACAGUGGGGAAUUGAUAUUCUUGAGAAAUACAUCAAAUUUGUCAAGGAAAGGACAGAGAUUGAACUCAACUAUGCAAAGCAACUCAGGAAUCUUUCGAAGAAAUACCAACCUAAAAAGAACUCAAAGGAGGAAGAAGAAUACAAGUAUACAUCAUGUAAAGCUUUCCUUUCCACCCUGAACGAAAUGAACGAUUACGCUGGACAGCAUGAAGUCAUCUCUGAGAACAUGACCUCACAGAUCACUGUGGAGUUAGCACGCUAUGUGCAAGAACUGAAGCAGGAGAGAAAAUCGCACUUUCACGAAGGACGUAAGGCACAGCAGCACAUAGAGACGUGCUGGAAACAACUUGAGUCGAGUAAAAGACGAUUUGAGCGGGAUUGCAAAGAAGCAGACAGAGCGCAGCAGUACUUCGAGAAAAUGGAUGCAGACAUAAAUGUUACAAAAGCAGAUGUUGAAAAGGCACGACAACAAGCUCAAAUACGUCACCAAAUGGCAGAGGACAGCAAAGCAGAUUACUCAUCAAUUCUUCAGAAAUUCAACCAUGAGCAGCAUGAAUAUUAUCAUACUCACACACCCAACAUCUUUCAGAAAAUACAAGAGAUGGAGGAAAGGAGGAUAGUAAGAAUUGGAGAAUCAAUGAAGACAUAUGCUGAGGUUGAUCGGCAGGUGAUACCAAUUAUUGGGAAAUGCUUGGAUGGAAUAGUAAAGGCAGCUGAAUCAAUUGAUCAGAAAAAUGAUUCGCAGCUGGUGGUAGAAGCUUAUAAAUCAGGGUUUGAGCCUCCUGGAGAUAUUGAAUUUGAGGACUACACUCAGCCAAUGAAGCGUACCGUGUCAGACAACAGCCUUUCCAAUUCCAAAGGAGAAGGCAAAUCAGAGCUCAAAUUUGGUGGCAAAUCCAAAGGAAAGUUAUGGCCGUUCAUCAAAAAAAAUAAGCUUAUGUCCCUUUUAACAUCCCCCCAUCAGCCUCCCCCUCCUCCCCCUGCCUCUGCCUCACCCUCUGCUGUUCCCAACGGCCCCCAGUCUCCCAAGCAGCAAAAGGAACCCCUCUCCCAUCGCUUCAACGAGUUCAUGACUUCCAAACCCAAAAUCCACUGCUUCAGGAGCCUAAAGCGUGGGACUCAGUCUUUCUGUUUACACAAAGAACUCAUGAAGAGGACAAUAGGGAAACCCACGUAUGCCUUUGAGGCUAGGGACUAUGUUCUUUCUCUCAAGCUGGGUGCAACACCAGAGGAUUUCAGCAACCUUCCACCUGAACAGAGAAGGAAAAAGCUACAACAGAAAGUCGAUGAAUUAAAUAAAGAAAUCCAAAAGGAGAUGGAUCAAAGAGAAGCCAUAACGAAAAUGAAAGAUGUCUACCUAAAGAAUCCUCAAAUGGGAGACCCAGCUAGUUUGGAUCACAAAUUAAUAGAAGUUGGCCAAAAUAUAGAAAAAUUGCGACAAGAGACCCAGAAAUUUGAGGCCUGGCUGGCUGAGGUUGAAGGCAGGCUCCCAGUGCGAGGUGAACAGGCCCGUCGGCAGAGUGGAUUGUAUGAUACCCAAAACCCACCAUCAGUCACUAACUGUGCACAAGACCGAGAAAGCAGCCCGGAUGGCAGUUACACAGAGGAGCAGAGUCAGGAGAGUGAGGUGAAGGUGCUAGCCACAGAUUUCGACGAUGAAUUUGAUGACGAGGAACCCCUUCCUGCCAUAGGGACUUGUAAAGCUCUCUACACGUUUGAAGGUCAGAAUGAAGGAACCAUUUCAGUGGCUGAAGGAGAAACACUGUAUGUUAUAGAGGAAGACAAAGGGGAUGGGUGGACCCGCAUUCGGAGAAAUGAAGAUGAAGAGGGUUAUGUCCCCACUUCAUACGUCGAAGUCUGUUUGGACAAAAAUGCCAAAGGUGCUAAGACUUAUAUUUAAUAUCACUUAAAAAAAACUUUUAAAAAAAUUGGAAUUGUUUGCCCUCACAACUGUGACUGUUACAGGCAGUUCUUCAAAAGACUGGAUGGAGAGCACCACAGCCCAUGCUUUCAUGCAGCCACGCAGUGGACUUUUAAACCUUGUAUACCUGAAUUUCCUUGGCUAGUUUCACUUGCUGAGAUGAUGUUUUAUAUGGAAAGCUGACAACUGUCAAUUUAAAACUGUGUCAUUUGAAAUCUGAUAAGCAUUCCUUCUUUUGGCAGCAUCUUUAGAUAACGAUGACAAAAAAAAAAGUUGCCUUCUAGCUUUAAAUCAAUAUUUCUGAAUUAAAAAGUCCACAGACAUCACGGAGAUGCAGAAGACAUCAGCUCUCUUAUUUAUACCUAGUGUCCACCAUAAAUUGAACUACAGUAGAAUGUUACAUUUUAUAACUUAAUAAAUUGAACUCUGCUAGUUUAUUAAAUCUUACAAUUAUUCACUUUAGAAGAAAUCAUAAAAUAAAAUCUCCCCUGUUGAGUAAAGAAGUAAAUCAGAAAAUCCUGUCAUUGGUACUAAAAAUGUGUAGUGUUUUUACUUAGUUUAUCUUGAUUAUUCUAUUAUGUCUUUAUGAUCCCAAGCAGCCAAUUGAACUCUGGAACAAAGUCUGGUCAAUUCACCAGUGGAUUUUUACAUAUGAUACCACUGAUCUUACUUGCCAAAUUGAUACAGUUGAUCAGAAGUGUUAAUGCUGUUUAGAUGAGCUUACAUAAAAACAGUGCAUGUCUACGCCUCAAUUCUCAUUUAUUUUCUGACACUUGGUUCGUUUCUGCUGGAAGUUUUGUGGCAAGUGGAGCGCUAGCAGCUCACACUCCCCCAGGUGGAGCUAUAAAUAGAAGGCAGCGCAGGGGCAACUGCUUCCACACAGAGGUAGAUCUCAGCUCAUGGCUUUUCAAAGGGGGGGGGGGGGGGUGCGUAGUUGAUGGUAUCUAAGGGUUUCAAUUUACUGGGAAUUGUUUUAAGCAGCAGACAUAAUGUUCAUUUUAGAAAAUUAUAUGAUUAACUUUAGCCAGAAUAAAAUAAAAUUCCUCACUCUCUUUUAAGAAAUCUGGGCCACAUAGGAAUUUGCAUUUUUAAACUGGCACUGAAGGAGGAGGAUAGAUAAUGAAAUUGGUUGCAUGUGCAGACAGGUGCCAUGCACAGUGUUAAUUGUGCCCAGUGAUGGGAAUCUGACCUGGAUUACAGCAAACCAGCUGUAAAUGGGUCAGAAUGAAGGCGUUGGGUUGAGAGUUUUCUUUUUGUUUGACUUGGGAAAUUAUUUAUUCAUGUCCUUCUAACUUUUAAAUAGGAAAAUUAUCUUCUUGCCUCUACAUUAUGGGCUCGUUUUGUAAGCUCAAGUCAAUUUACAGCUGAUUUUUAAAGCAACAGCUGCACAUCAGGGGACUAGAAACAGGUUGUGUUGGGUGGUCUAUGUUUGAAGAUUCUAGCAGAGUUAGCUUAAAUGUCACAAGGGCUACCAAAAUGGAAUUUUGUGACCUUUACUUAAUGACAGUAUGAUUAAAAAUAUAUAUAUGGAGAGAAAUUGUCAGGAAAUUAUAAAUAUGGUACACAGAGGUCCUGUGUGUACUUCCAUAGUUUCCCCCAAUGGAUACAGAUUACAAAAUUAUAAUAUAAAAUCAAAUCCAGUAAAUUGAUGUUGACCAGCCUGAUUUUUAAAAUAUAUGUUAAUUGUGUAAUUAAAAUUUAUUUUAAAAGAUUACUGACAUAAUAUCAAUAUGGCCAUUCAACCUGACCCCAGAUCUUUUCUGGGAAAUUGUUUCAGUUCUCCAUUUUUUAGGAUUGCAGCAAGAAAACGAGCUGGCCCUUAAACCACAGGGAUUUGUUUUAACAAGCAGUAGGCAGUUACCAAGCUUUAGGCAUGGUAACCUAGCGAAUGGGGGACCCAAGAUAUUAAAAUCUGAUUAAAAUCUUCCUAUCUGAUGACAAACUCAUUUCCAAACAGUUACUACUAAACACUUGAAAGGUCUAAAAUGGAGCAAGACAGCAUUGACCUUUUUAAAAGCCUGCCUUGAAGUUGUUUCAUAUUUUUUUCUUUAGAGUUGUGCAAAUUUGAUUUAGAAAAUAACAGAUGGUUGCAUGGGAUGGGGGGGAUGGUUUGGCACAUACGUUAUGAUCAUUAUUUUAAGUUGUAGGCAUCAGCACCUAUAACAGGUGAAUAGAUGUGAUAUUCACUAAACAGUUGCAUUUUGUAGUUCCAGUUCCUCUAGUCAAUGAGUGAAGUAUUGUAAAAAGUACUGUAACAAUUCCCCAAAUAUCAGGAAUUUCCAUUUCCACUCAAAUUAUGCUUUGUUUUCUUCCAGCAAUUCUCUGUUAAAAUAAAAGAAGCAAAGCCUCAACUUGUUGAUAAAGUUUCCUUCCUUUAUUUUAGAGCUACACUUGCAGGUUUAUAAUGUAUAUGUAGAAGCCAUUCCUCCCUGCCUUGUUAAUAAAUCUAUCAAACCUCACCCCAAAGAACACUUGCCUUAAGCCCUCCUAUCCACAUGGCCUUGCCCAAGCAAGGCUGCUGCUUUCUGAAGCCCAUCACUCAGAGCAGUUGUUUUAUUUUUAAUAAUGCCAGUGCACUUUGUGUGUGUGUGGUGUCUGAGAUGUGAUUAUUUAAAAAUUGCCAAAAUAUUUAGACUAACUUUCCACUGGUCAGCUGGAUUGUGACUUUCUUCUGUGGUUUUGUUUUUAUUUUUUAAAUUGCUUUUUUUCUGUUAAAUAUUUCCAUAAUUCCCCCACAGAAUAUAUUUGUAUAUACUGCAAUUUAAAAGCUAAAAGGAUUACUUGAAUUCAUUGUUUUAACAUUUUACUCUUUUAUCUGUUUGUUUUAUUGGCUAUUUUGCUGCUUAAUGACGUUUUUGUUUUUAUAACUGCUGGGGAAGCCACAAGGACUGUUACUCCUAGCUAGGUUCCCUGCUGGCUGCUCCACACUUGACUUUAUUUAGACACUUGGUUCUGAGUAAGUUUUGUCUGAAUACGGCCAAUGUGAUUGUUUCUUUCUAUUCUUAUUCUAAAAGAAAAGAGUCUGUCUUGCAUCUGUUAGUUGUACCCUUGCAUCUGCCUAAUAAACGUUAUAUUUUUCUCAU